UUGCUCGGCUGCUCCUGGCAGGUCCCAUUUGCUCUAAUUCGGGCUACAAGAAGGCGGAUGAUGAGAUGUCCGGGGCCACGUCCUCUGCAGACCAGGGAGAGGCAGCAGCUCGCACCAUUUACUUGAAUCAGCCUCAGCAGAGCAAGUUCCGCGACAACCGGGUCAGCACAGCCAAAUACAGCGUGGUGACAUUUCUACCUCGAUUCUUGUAUGAGCAGAUUAGAAAAGCGGCAAAUGCUUUCUUCCUCUUCAUUGCCUUAUUGCAGCAAAUUCCAGAGGUCUCUCCAACUGGAAGAUAUACUACCUUGGUGCCAUUGCUAUUUAUUCUAACAGUUGCUGGCAUCAAGGAGAUUAUAGAAGAUUAUAAAAGACACAAGGCCGACAGUACAGUGAACAAAAAGAAAACAGUAGUUUUAAGAAAUGGGAUGUGGCAGAAUAUUAUGUGGAAAGAGGUGGCAGUGGGAGACAUUGCGAAGGUCACCAAUGGGCAGCACCUCCCAGCAGACAUGAUCAUUUUAUCUACCAGUGAACCUCAGGCAAUGUGUUAUAUUGAAACAGCUAAUCUUGAUGGAGAGACCAACCUUAAAAUACGACAGGGAUUGAUUCAGACUGCUAACCUCCAAACAAAAGAAGACUUGGUGAAAAUGUCUGGGAAGAUAGAGUGUGAAGGACCUAAUCGUCACCUCUAUGACUUCACUGGAAAUCUCCGUCUUGAAAAUCAAAGACCAGUUCCAAUUGGACCUGACCAGAUCCUACUAAGAGGUGCACAAAUAAGGAACACUCAGUGGGUUUUAGGAAUAGUUGUCUACACAGGACACGACACAAAACUUAUGCAGAAUUCAACCAAAGCUCCACUGAAGAGAUCAAACGUAGAAAAAGUGACCAAUAUGCAGAUUCUUAUUUUGUUUUGCAUCCUUCUCGUCAUGGCUUUAGUGAGUUCUGUGGGUGCCUUACUGUGGAACAGAACACACGGAAAAGUCAUUUGGUACUUCGAUUCCACUGAAGUCCUAUCCACCAAUUUUGGAUACAAUCUGCUCACCUUUAUAAUUUUGUACAACAACCUCAUUCCCAUCAGUCUAUUGGUGACUCUGGAAGUUGUGAAGUUUACUCAGGCUCUUUUUAUAAAUUGGGACAUCGAUAUGUAUUAUACUGAAACUGAUACACCUGCAAUGGCCAGAACUUCAAAUCUUAAUGAGGAACUUGGCCAGGUUAAGUAUCUAUUCUCUGAUAAAACAGGAACCUUAACAUGCAAUAUUAUGAAUUUUAAGAAAUGUAGUAUUGCUGGAGUAACAUAUGGUCACUUCCCAGAACUGGCGAGAGAAUGUUCGUCAGAAGAUUUCAGCCAGUUUCCGCCUUCUACCAGUGAAUCUUGUGAAUUUGAUGACCCAAGACUGCUUCAGAACAUUGAGACUGAUCAUCCCACAGCUAUGCACAUCAAAGAAUUCCUCACUCUGCUGGCUGUGUGUCACACUGUUGUUCCAGAAAGAGAUGGAAACACAAUCAUCUACCAGGCCUCCUCUCCAGAUGAAGGAGCCUUGGUCAAAGGAGCAAAAAAACUUGGCUAUGUUUUCACUGGGAGGACACCACGUUCUGUUAUCAUUGAUGCGCUAGGAAAAGAAGAGUCAUUUGAGAUCCUUAAUGUGUUGGAAUUUUCAAGUAAUAGAAAGAGAAUGUCUGUAAUUGUUCGGACUCCAGAAGGCCAACUACGUUUGUACUGCAAAGGAGCUGAUAAUGUCAUUUUUGAGAGAUUAUCCAAAGACUCACAGUACAUGGAGCCAACUCUAUGUCAUCUUGAAUAUUUUGCCACAGAAGGUCUGAGGACUUUGUGCAUCGCAUAUGCAGACCUGUCAGAAAACUCUUACCAGGAAUGGCUGAACAUAUAUAAUGAAGCCAGCACAAAUUUGACAGACAGAACUCAAAAGUUGGAAGAGUGUUAUGAGAUAAUUGAGAAGGAAUUGCUGCUUCUUGGUGCAACAGCAAUUGAGGAUCGCCUUCAAGCUGGCGUCCCCGAAACAAUAUCUACUCUAAUAAAAGCAGAGAUCAAGAUUUGGGUACUAACAGGGGACAAACAAGAAACUGCUCUCAAUAUAGGGUACUCCUGCAGGCUUGUUUCCCAGAAUAUGACUCUCAUCCUCGUGAAUGAAGAUUGUUUGGAUGCAACAAGAGCUGCAUUAACCCAACACUGUGAAAAUCUGGGUGACUCGCUGGGCAAAGAGAAUGAUAUUGCCUUGAUUAUAGAUGGCCAGACUCUGAAGUAUGCCCUUUCCUUUGAAGUGAGGCAGUCCUUCUUGGACCUAGCACUGUCCUGCAAGGCUGUCAUUUGUUGCAGGGUGUCUCCUCUGCAGAAGUCAGAAAUAGUAGACAUGGUAAAGAAGCAUGUGAAUGCCAUUACUCUGGCCAUUGGGGAUGGUGCCAACGAUGUUGGAAUGAUCCAGACGGCUCACGUUGGAGUGGGGAUCAGUGGCAAUGAAGGCAUGCAGGCAACCAACUCCUCUGAUUAUGCGAUAGCACAGUUUUCCUACUUGGAGAAGCUUUUACUUGUCCAUGGAGCCUGGAGUUACAAUCGAGUGACGAAAUGCAUAUUGUAUUGCUUUUAUAAGAAUGUGGUUCUUUAUAUUAUUGAGCUUUGGUUUGCAUUUGUUAAUGGAUUCUCUGGACAGAUUUUAUUUGAGCGGUGGUGCAUUGGACUCUACAAUGUGAUUUUCACAGCAUUACCUCCCUUCACCUUGGGAAUCUUUGAACGAUCGUGCUCCCAAGACAACAUGCUUAGGUUUCCCCAGCUCUACAAAAUUACUCAAAAUGCUGAUGGGUUCAAUAGCAGGGUGUUCUGGGGUCACUGCAUCAAUGCCUUGAUCCACUCCAUCAUUCUUUUUUGGCUUCCACUGAAAGCACUAGAACAUGAUGCAGUAUUUACAAGUGGCCAAGGUGUUGACUACCUGUUUGUUGGAAAUAUUGUUUACACGUAUGUUGUGGUGACAGUCUGUCUGAAAGCUGGCUUAGAAACUACAGCAUGGACAAGAUUCAGUCACUUGGCUGUCUGGGGAAGCAUGUUGCUGUGGCUCCUCUUCUUUGGCAUCUACUCUACCAUCUGGCCCAUCAUUCCUAUUGCACCAGAUAUGCUCGGACAGGCAGGAAUGGUAUUGAGAUGCGGACACUUCUGGAUUGGUUUAUUGCUAGUGCCCACAGCAUGCCUUGUUAAAGAUGUGGCAUGGAGAGCGGCCAAGCAUACUUAUCGUAAAACUUUGCUGGAGCAGGUUCAAGAGUUGGAAGCUAAAUCCAAAGAACAGAGGAAAUCUAUGCUGCGUGAUAGCAAUGGAAAGAGCGUGAAUGAACGUGACCACUUGUUAAAAAGGCUGGGCAGAAAGACCCCUCCGUGCCUCUUCCGUGCUCAUUCUGUCCAGCAAGGAGUCUCACAUGGUUAUGCUUUUUCUCAAGAGGAGCAUGGGGUCGUUUCUCAGUCUCAAGUUGUUCGAUCCUACGACACUACAAAGCAGAGAGUUGGAGUCGAAUAACAUGGAUUUCUCCCUUGAUUGGUGGCUGGAGGAAAAAGAUGUGGAUCAAUGUGUCCACUGUGAAUACACCCUUGAGUAAGGCUGGCAGCAGCAACAUAAACACCGGAAAACCCUUUACUGUGGCCUUAGCCAACAAGUUCGUUCUCUAUGCUUCUUCCAGACCUUGAGCACACUUCGUAGGGGGGCAGUCCUUGUUGGGAGCCAGCUGUUUUGCUCUGCCUAACUUUUGGUUUACAUGGUUUAUGAAAAUUUGGCUGCGCUACCCAAGGUGUGAUACUGAAAACAUUUUGUUUCUAUUGCCAUUUUUCAAAAGGCAGGGCAAAAGGUAUCUGUGGUUUUGGAGAGAAAACGAAAAAGGUUGUGUGGCCCAUUGCUGAUCUACCUUUGCUUAAUUCAGAUUUCCUGUUUUGUCAUGCCUAGACUCAACUGCAUGUAUGAAACCUUUAUAAUGCUCACUGUUUAUAUUGACUGGAAUGUUCCAAGAGAGGCAAAGAGGUGUGGGAAAAGAAAUAUAACCCAGAAAAAGGGGGAGGAGAGGAAUAAGGCCUAAGAACAGCCCUAAUCAGCUUGUCUUGGAAUGGAUCAGCACUAUAUAAAAUACCUUACAGAAUAGUUAGCUGUUUACACAACCCACACACAGACAUCCACAGUAAUUUACUCUGCUGUAAUACUAUCUAUCACCCAAGUCACUCGAAUGGCAGGCCUGUAUCUCAGAACAACAGUUGAAGUGCAACUUUUUCUUAAGUGCUGGGAUGGAUCUGGUCUGGGUAUGAAACAGUCACGAUUCCAGAGAAAUGUUCUAUAAAUGUUCUGAUGAAGAGGCAAAGAAUGUAUCUAGCUUUAAAGUCGGUCACAUCAAUUUAAGCAUUUUGUCCCCACUGUUGCUCACGACUUAAACUAGUCCAGCACACACGUGCAGACACAAGCGGGUGCCAUAACAUCUUCUGCUUGUGAAGCUGAUUAGAACUUUUGAGAGACAGAACAAGGCUACGUUUUGGACUAACUGGACCUUAAUAAAGAAUGUUCUGUUAGAUCAGGAAAGCUCUGCAGAUCCUUAUUAAGGUGACCCCGAGGUUUUUGCUGCUGGGUAACAAGAUCUCCUUUCAAAUAAACACAGUGAAGAAGUAACCACCUCCCCUGAGAAAAUGUAUCAAGGAAUUAAAUGAAGACUUAACCUGAUAGUAACUUAAGCAUUUCUGUUUCUAUUCAUCACUUGGAGAAAUGGCACAAGAAUGUUUAAAUGUUUUUUGUGGUCGUUGGAAGUGUCUUAACAAGCACCAGGGGUGGGGGUGGGGUUCAGUUAGUGAAGGUUCUUUAUUUUUCUUAAAAUCAGCCUCACAGUCAUGGCAUGGCCACUUCGGGGAACAGUGUCCUGUGAGGAUUGGUUUUACAAAUAUGCCCAGAUUGUAUUGCAAAAUAUGGGGCUAAUAUUUGGGUUGUCUACUUUUUCUGGCAGGGCUUUCUGUGCUGUGCAGAGAAUUCUGAUACGGAGAAGGUAGAGCUGUUAGGAAAGGAGCUUCUGUCUGCUGAUAAUUCUUCCUAUCAUGUCAUUGUUAACAUCAGAAAAGUCCUGCCAGAAAAAAAAAAGUUGGCAUGCCUAGUUAGCAUGCCAGUCAGCAGAUGUGUUCAUAGGUCCACAAAAAGAACAUUCUUGUAACCUUUCUUCUCCACAGCGUUUUAAUUUCUGGAAAUGUUUUUGAAAUCCUGAGAAAUGCCGAGAACUCUUGCUUAAUUGGUUGGCUCCCUCUCUGGAAGGAUCUGCAUGUCCAAUGUGUAUCUUGGAAUCCUGCAUGAUUCCAGGGAGAGAAAGACAUGAAUAGAGCCCGUAGAUUCAUCUGGUGCUGCUAUCAAGGCAAGCCUUAGUUAGUCCUAGUAGCCUCACCACAUUUCUGAAUAGCUUAAGAUCAACACCACUGCAACUUUGUCCUCAGGCACAUCAGCCAGUUAUCCUGUGUGCUGUAUAUAAGGCCUUAAAAUGUUGACACUGUAUUAGUCACUUUUGCUGACAGUCCUCUGGAACUUAGGUAGAUUUAAGAAAAUUUGGCCAUAUCUGAAGUUCUACUCAUCGAGCAAAAAUAAAUCAACCAUGUCUUUCCUUAGACUUAAGGAUCUGAAAUGAAUUCCAGUGUUUGAGUGUCAUCAUUCAAUAUGUUCUUAGUACCACAUUUAAGACUUCACAUUUUCCUAUAGAAUGUUUUGAUUCCACAGCAUUCUGAAGGGUUUUCCUUGGACCAUAACUAGGAAGGACAUAAUAUCUACUAGUACUACGUCAUCUUAAAAUAUGAUGUGGGAGAAGUGCUUUGGGCCUUAUACAAACACAGCACCUCUUUCCUAUUCAUUAAAGCAACCUGACUUUUUUCAGACUUUGGCUGUUGCUCUAAGAAGUCCACUCAUUAAAGUAAAUGUGACUCUUACAGGAACAGCAUUGUUUCUUUUUUCAGGUUCACACAGUAUUUUUCACGAUGAGCUAUGCUAGCCGA